AUGGUGCAGGAGGGGGACCGGGCGCUGCUCGCCGCCAGGCAGGGCGACGUGCCGGCUCUCAAAGCGCAGCUCGCCGCCAAGGCGCUGAGCGGAGACGUGAGGGACGUGCUGGGGGCUUCCCCGGUGCACCACGCAGCCCGGGCCGGGAGGCUGGCCUGCCUGCGGUACCUGGUGGAGGAGGCAGGGCUGCCGGGGAACUGCCUGGCCAACAACGGGGCGAGCCCGGCGCAUGACGCAGCAGCCACGGGCAACCUGGUGUGCUUGCAGUGGCUGCUGACCCAGGGUGGAUGUCGGCCGGAGGACAAGGACAGCUCCGGGGCCACUGUUCUCCAUCUUGCAUCUCGCUUCAGUCACAACGAGAUCACUGAUUGGCUGCUGAAGAGUUGUGAGGUGGACCCCGGGGCCUCCACCGACACGGGCGCCGUACCUGUUCACUAUGCUGCUGCCAAGGGAGACAUGUCGUCUCUGCGACUGUUACUGGGGCACAGCCCAAAUGUUGUCAACUCCAAAACUAAGAAUGGUGCCACACCGCUCUACCUGGCCUGCCAGGAGGGUCAUCUAGAGGUCGUCCAAUACCUGGUGAAGGAUUGCGGCGCCGAUCCAAGCAUCAGAGCCAAUGAUGGGAUGACAUCACUGCACGCUGCUGCCCAAAUGGGCCACAACACGGUCAUCGUCUGGCUGAUGAGUUUCACAGAGAUCAGCCUGACGGACAAGGAUAGCGACGGCGCCACGGCCAUGCACUUUGCAGCCAGCCGUGGUCAUGCGAAGGUGCUCAGCUGGCUGCUGCUGCACGGAGGAGAUAUAAUCACUGACAGCUGGGGGGGGACCCCGCUUCAUGACUCAGCAGAGAACGGCGAACUGGAGUGCUGUCAGAUCCUGGUGGUGAACGGUGUGGAGCUGGGCAUCAGGGACCAGGACGGCUUCACAGCAGCAGACCUGGCCGAGUACAACGGCCACUCCCAGUGUGCCAAGUACCUGCGCACUGUGGAGAACAUGAGUGUCGAGCACCGUGUUUUGUCCCGGGACCCCUCGACCGACCUCGAUUACAAGCAGCCGGACUCGGGCCUCUCGUCCCCGAACACGACCAUGCCCCCUGCCAGCCAGGUGGCACACUUUGACAUCAGCUCCCCAUCCAGCUCCCUGUCCAACUACGACUCAGCCAGCUCCAGCCAGUCCAGCACCGGGGAGAAGAGGAGCAGCCUGACCACGUCUCGAGGGCCGCCGGCUCAGCUGAACACAGCCGCACAAACAGGUUCAUCAGAGUCAGCCAUUUCAGACAUGCAGGCCUACAUGGACAUGCUGAACCCAGACAUUGGCUCUGACGUGCCCAAAAAGGGUGACAUACCGGCCAAUCCCACCACGAAGGCCCCGCCGCCGCCCACCUACCCACCCCCACCUCCCCCACUGUGUCCUCCACCGCCACCCCCACCUCCGGGCUACCCAGCACCCCAGCCCCCUCAGGAGCCGUCCUCCGCAGAGUUCCUGAAGGUGAAGAGCAACCUGCGGCAUGUGGACGGUAAUGCCAACAAGAAGGAGCAGCUCACCACCGGAGAAAACCACGAGAAGCUGCGGCGUGUGGAUUCAAACAGGAAGUCCCGGAGCUUUAGCAAGCAGCCCAGUACUGGGGACUACUAUAAGACCCUGGGAAGCGACACGACAGAGCGCCGCGGGAGCAAAAGCAUGGCGCCCAAUGAAGAGGGCUCUGUGUUAUUGGAGGAGCCAAACGACAGCCCCGCCCACAGCUCUGAGAAUGGCACCACGGAGGAGUCGGCCCCGCCACCACCUCCACCACCUCCACCGCCUCUUCCCCCAAACAACCCUACGCCAACCCCCCCUCCACCUCCUCCACUGCCCCCAGAGACGCCAACCAGCAAGAAUAACGCCGGUUCCAGCUCCACCAACCAGCGACGCCCAUCUUCAUCAUCAGGAAGUGGGGCUAUAUCCGCCUCUCAAGCAGAGGGAGUGGCACUCAGACAGAUGAAGAGUACCAAAUCUUUCAACAUGAUGUCCCCCACUGGAGACAACUCUGAGCUGCUGGCAGAGAUCAAAGCAGGAAGGAGCCUGAAGCCCACACCUCACACUAAAGGCUACACCACUGUCUACUCCAACAGUGGACCCACAGGAAACAAUGGUAACGCUUCAUCUCCACCAGAGACACGCACAUCUAGCCCACCAGCCAAACCAUCGUCUCCCCCAGCAUCCAAUACGCCUGUCACCUCCCCACCCACCACCCCAAGUCCCAGUCCUAGUCCUACAGGCUCUGGAUCUGGCAGGAAAUUAUCGUCCUCUGCGAGCUACGAGAAGCUGCCCUCUAACUCUGUGAUCAAUGGGAACAGUGGUGGUGGUGGCCCCACAGGAGCAGAGUCGGGACGGAAGACGAGCCUCGCUGACGUGGAGGCGCUAGUGCCUACUCAUGAUGAACAGGGAAAAGCAAUACCUGAAUGGAAGAGGCAGGUGAUGGUGCGGAAGCUUCAGGUCAAGAUCCAAGAGGAGGGCGAGCACAAGCGCAAGGCAGAAGAGGAGACAGCACGCCUGGCCUCGAUGCCAGCCUGGAGGAGAGACAUGAUGAAGAAGAAAAUGGACGAAGAGAGAUGUGACAAGGAACAAAAAAGAAAAGUAGAGGAGAAGGCCAAACAGGCCAAGGCGAUGGAGGAGAAGACGGAGCAGGAGCGGCUGCGGACCCUCGGCUACGACGACACCAAGCUGGCCCCCUGGCAGCGGCAGAUUAUCUUAAAGAAAGGGGAUACAGCCAAACCGCCUCCCCCCCGCACCCUGUACUGGACAGACAACCUCCAGACACACAGGAGCCGUGUUGUGGUUGCUGCUGUCCACGGGGGCUCCGAGGCUCAGCUCUGA